GACGGUCAACGCGUUUGUCUUUUUUCUAGUGUAUUGCCUUAGGAAAACUUCGCAAAGAAGAAGAAGAAAGUUGCUUCCCAUCAUACAUAUACCCUGUCAUAUCGAGCAUGGCACCUACACUUUCGCUCACUCAAUUGAGCUAUACAUCAUCAGGAUUAUUGUCUACACCAGUUGAUAGACUAGACGGAAGAGAUCUUUUGGCUUUUAGACCAUUAAAGAUUGUGACUGGAGUGGCAGAUCAAGCUGCCGGAAGUGCAAAUUGUACUUUAGGCGAUAAUACAAGAUGUUCGCUUGUAAUUAGUAGUGAAGUUGUUCAAGAGAGUGAUGAAAUUGAAAGCGGUCUUAUUCAAUCGUACAUCGACAUUCAUCCUGCAAUUCCAUCAAGUGCAAAUCUAUCAGCACUUUUAGUCAGUUUACAAAAAUCACUCGAUCAAUUGUUCAACCCAAACGCAAGCGCUAUCGAUACAUCUCAAUUGAUCAUCUUACGGAAUCCCAAAGCACCACAUAGACCAACAAGAGCAUGGAAGCUGAUCAUUGAUAUCACACUUUUGGAUGUCUCAGGUGGAAAUGUAGCAGACGUAGUAUUUGCAACAAUAUAUGCUGCUUUGCAAGAUGUUCAAUUGCCAAAGACAAGAGCAAUUGGAUUUGACAUUCAAUCUAUGCAAGCAGCACAGGCGAACAACGGGCAAGGAUCACAGAAAGUGGACAUCUUUGAUGUUCGUGGUUCAUUGACACGCACAAGAGGCGCUGGAAUACCUUCAUCAGAUGCAACCCGAUCAUCUCAAACAGACGAUAGCCCUUUACUGGAUGCAGAGCAAAAAGCAAAAGUAGGAGUGGACUUUGAGAUUAAAGAUAUAUACGAUGGAUCGAAUCGACUCAAAGGUACACGAGCAUUCCCGAUUGCGAUCACGAUCAAUGUUCUUCCCAAUGGAAUCUUGUUGGACGCAACCCAAACCGAAGAGGCAUGCAUACCUUAUACUCGCCGAGUGCUGAUCCUUUGCGAUGCUUUGACUGGCAAUGUCUUGGGUACGCAAAUGCUAACUGCAUCUUUCGAAACCGGUUCCAGCAGAUUAGGAGAAGAGAGAACAAAAGGCGGUGCUUCAGCAGCUGAGCAAUCCAUUUUGGGAACGUGUGAUUUUGCUACCAUCAAAAAUGCAAUCAAGCAAGGGCAGAUAUACGCAAAAGCCCUGCAUUCAGCCAUUGAAGCACAGAUAGGCACAAAGGGAGAAGAUGAUACACAAAUGGCAAUCGAAUGAUGCAACCUGUACAAAAGAAAUGCUUUCUAUCAAAUUUGCAAGUGUGAUACAAAGAAAUACAAAAAUAAGUGGUGGUGGGUAUACCUCGUUUACAUAUUCGUGGCUGGAACGGUACUCUGUGAACUGGAUCGAGUACUUCGACUGGAAGAUGAUGCGAUCGCUGGAUGUUUGUCGCCUUUGAAUC